GGGGACUCAAAAUUGCAUAUUGUUGAUCUACUCCGUGGAGGCCAAUCAAUUAGCCUGUGGCGGCCUCAUGGGAUUUGGCAGUUCCUACAAGGAUGUGAACUUCUUUCCAGCCAGCCACCAGCACAUCCCUUGGGGGCGGGAGAAGUCAAGAGCCAUGACAGCCCCGUGCCCUACCACACACAGACUCAGUGCACUUUCACCCUUCUUUCCACAGCCUAUUUUGCACUUAUUUUCGCUAUACAACAGGCAGUGAUAUUGGCUCCAUUUAAAAAUGUGUGAACUGAGGGUUAGAGAGAGGCGGGUACCAAGUUGUGUUGGAAAUAACGUGGGUUUGAUGUUAGAUGGAUCAGCGCCCGCAAUGCCUCUAGUGUCCGACGGGCUCAAAGGCCUUGAACCUCUCCGACCUGUUUCGUUUCCUGGAGAACGGCGCUUAAUUUCUCCUCCCUUCGUAACAGCUCUCUUAGGUUCAACCCAGGUUCUCCAGGGCUCGCCAUUGGGAGCUCGGGAUGUGACGAGAUGACCCACUCGGAGACACUGCGUGCGCGCCAGGGGGUAAAGGGCUUCGCCCAGCGCGCGCGGAGCCACGGCCCUGCAUAAAUAUCGAUAUUUUCUUUCCACUGGACACCGAACUGGCUUCGACAUGCCCAGGUUCCGGCCGACUGCAACUACCGCAGCGUCUCUCAAAAGCCGGAACUGAAGGUGCCCCGCCCCCGGGAGUGCGGAACAAUUGUGCCUUCCCCUCUGCAGGCGGGCCCGGAAAGCUUAAGCGGAUACGUCCCGCGCCUGCGCGCCGCCAUCUUUUUCAGAAAAGACCGCCUCCCUCCCUCCCUGCCCACGACUAGUAAGCCAAGAGGCGGGGUUCUGCGUCGCUGCGGGCGGUGGCCAGGGCAUGGCGACCGCGGAUCCCAGCGGGCCCGAGGUAUGGAUGUCUACCCCGGGACCGCGCCCCGCCGGGACCCUGGACUGCGCAGCGGGAGCUACGGGGCUGCCUUUCGGGCGAAGCGGCAGUGGAGUCCCCCGACUGGGGGAGCGGCUCCCGGCGGUUGUGGAGAAGAGGGGGCCGUACAUGGUGACGCGUGCGCCUUCCAUUCAGGCCAAGCUGCAGAAGCAUCGGGAUCUGGCCAAGGCUGUUCUUCGGAGAAAAGGCAUGCUGGGGACCUCGGCGAAUCGCCCCGACUCUUCAGCGAAAAGGUCAGUGAAGUUUAACAAGGGCUAUACGGCCCUUAGUCAGAGUCCAGAUGAAAACCUGGUGUCCCUCGACUCUGACAGUGAUGGGGAGCUGGAAUCCAGAUACUCCUCCGGGUAUUCCUCUGCAGAGGUGAACCAGGAUGUGAGCCGGCAGCUGCUCCAGGAUGGGUAUCACCUGGAUGAGAUUCCAGAUGAUGAGGACUUGGACCUCAUUCCUCCCAAGCCUAUGGCCUCUUCAACGUGCUCCUGCUGCUGGUGCUGUCCUGGGGACUCUCCUUCCUGUACCCUCCAGUAGACAUAACCCCCUAAGACGGGCCCUGCUCACCGUGUCCUGCAGAGCCCUGUGGGCCCUUCUUAGGUCACGGAGUGCAGUGGGGAGUGCAGUCAUCCCCAGAAUCACUGGAGGCACUGACCCUCUUGGAAGGUCAGUGACAUGCAGUUAACGCCUUACGUGGUGCUUCUCAGGCCAGAGGCCCCCGUCUGGACCAUGGGGUGAUAGGGUGAUAGGUGGAAUUCUGCAGUUUUCCUCUGCUGUUAGAGUUUGGAAAAACCACUUUAAUAACGGCAGGAACAGAGGAAUUCUGAUUUCUUGUGGUGACAAAGUUGGCUAAGGAAAUCUUUCAGACAUCUUGACUGGUGUUUGUCCUGCUCUGUGGAGAGAGAGCUUUUGUGCCCUGGCUAUGUUGGAUGGUGGUAUAUGGAAGCAGAAAAUAGCACUUUAUGGCUUGCAGCUGGGAGCCUUUGAAAAAAAUAGCUGAACUAUUUGGGACCAGUUUAAGAAAUUCCACAAUGCUCUGUCUUCCUGGCUCCACGAUGGGACCCUCAAGAAAGCAUAAAGCAAGGCCCUUUGGCCUUCUUCCCCUUGCACCUGUUUGGCUCUGGCCAGGGAACACAGCACGCUGCUUGAUGGCACAGCAGGAUCAGGCUUCCAGAAUCCCUGGACCCGGACCAUCCCCAGCUGGCUUAAACUGUGUGGGCGGGUUAAUGACUGGUCAGCCCACCCCUAGUUGGAGAAAAAUUGCUCCGCUAUGUACAUAUUUAUUUAUUUUGUCUUUCUCUGGUCACCAUUCUUUGCCUUGGUCUUAGCUAGUUCAACAUCCAGUCUUUUGAGUGUCAAGGUUAGGUGAAAGGACUGGAGCUCCCUGGGAAGCCUGCAGGUGUGGGUGACCAGCAGAGGGAGUGGCAGGGAUCGGUCAGGUGCCUUCCUAUUUAGCUUCUGAAACUUGAGAAUAGCAAUGGGUGAGAAGUGUACUGGCCGGGCUGUGUGAGGCUUUGAGGUGGGCAGAGGCUCACAGGAUCGGGGGGAGGGACGCGUGCUGCUCCCAGGGGCCCCUGCCUGAGGAGAUCAUUGGCCAUUGCAGAGGGCUUCCCCUUAGAUACGGAGGAUUGGGCUUUACAAGUAAACCUCUGGGGCACCCCAGCCUCAGCCCUGUGGGAACACAGCUGAGACAGGCAUAAUCUCCCCCAGUGACCACACCUCCACCCCAGAUGGUAUCUCUUGCUCUACCAGUCUUUUCUAGACUUGUUUUCAGUGGUUCUUUUUUGGGGGUGGGGGAGGCACAGCUCAUCUAGAGCUGUGGUGAGAACUGAAGGUGAGUGGACACGGCUCCCAGCCUAAGGGGCAUGGUAGUCAGGAUUGGGGUGUGGGCGCCACACGGGAAGUGCCUGAUCUGGUGAUUUAUUCAGUGUCCUGCGGCAUCUAGAGAAAUGAGGGCUGACACGGACUCUUGUUCUACCACCAUGAGGUGAUUGGAAGGCUGAGGUCAGAUGAUGAGGGUAACCUGUCAGUGCUUGAUUGGCCUCUAUCUUGGUGCUUCUGUCAAAUCAUAGAAAGUUGAGAAGAAUACAUGGUACCCGGAGGGCUGUGGUUAGUAUUUUCUCAUCUAGUAGCAUCACAGCAGGUGGGAGAUGGGACGGAGGCCUCCUCAGGCACCCCAGGGUCUGGGGAAUUGGGGAAGCAGACGGUUUUGGGACUGGGACUCUGCAGUGCCACACUGCAGGUGCCUCAUGUGCUGAGCCCUUGGCGCUCGUGCCUGCAGGCAUCUGAAGACAGGAGGAGCCAAGGGCUCCUCCAUAAAGACUGUCUUCAGGCUGUCAUGGUUUCUGCAGAGGUGCCAGAGUGCACAUGAAGAGAGGGCACAGAUGCAGGGCAGUGUGGAGAGACGGUGGUGGUGGCAGGAAGGCCAGUGGGGCCACGUUUGUGUGGGGAAGUUGGUUAGGACAGAAUUAGUUAGCAGUAGCUGUGGGUGAGGGUGGCAGCAAGACCCCAAGACCAAGGCCCUCCAGAUGGUUGUUACUUUAAGUCAACACGGAUGUAUUUGAAUCUGUUCCUGAUGACGUUCCAGAACUGGUUGACUCCAUGUGGAAAACAUUAUCUUUGUGGGGAAAGUUGCAGAACGGGGAUAGGCAGGGUAGAAAUGGUCCGUUGUUUGGGGCCAGAGGUCCCAGGCUAAAAUGUCACCAGUAAAGGCACCAAGGUGCCUACAGCCAAACUGCCUUAAUUCAGAGCUGGGUAAUCUGCAGGUCACAGUGUCCGGCGGGGGGGAGGGGUGUACUCGCAGUUAACCUCACAGAGGAAUAUGUGUACAGUGUUUACAGAGUACUCUACAAAACUCUUGGCUUAGGCUUCUACAGCUCUGGAAGUUUUUAAGAAUAAAUACAAUCAUGCUA